UACAUGUACAUCACGAGCAGUUGGCACUGGCCCGCUGACGCACAAGUUACCGGGCACACUUGUACUACACGUGCAUGCUCGAGUGCACAAACGCAUCCACUGAUCGAGCACGUGUCAGGCUUUUCCAGGUCCACCCACCGUGCAGCAAUCCAGGUGUCUGGAUUUGGGCACAGAAUAUCAUCUUAUCUCGGAAGUUUUUCGCACACCAUUGCUCAUAUCCUCAUUGUAACAGACUUGCAGUUUAGAUUCUGGAAUCCAUUCAGGUGGAGAACAAGGCGGUGAGUUUUUCGACGAUCCAAUCUUGAAGCCGUGAUUUCCAGGCGGUACGGUGGUCUGUGAGUGGUUCUUGUGCCACUGCUCGAGAAAGGAUGAAGCUGAUCAUUUUCGUCGCGGCUUCUCUUGCUCUUCACGGACUUGUUCAGUGCUUACCCCAGUUUAAUGCAGAGGAUUCUGAGGAUGAGCUCACACCAUACCCCUUUGGCUACUUGGUGAUCUCACCCAAGGUUCUCUUCGCGGGCCAGGAAGAGUCCAUUUGUAUCACCAUCCAGGAUGCUGAGGAACCGGUCGAGGUCAUGCUGAGUUUCAUGGAGAACAACGUCACUGAGAUUUCCAGGGCCCCGCCAUUUAACGUCGAGUUUGAGACCACCUGUUCCAGAGUAGAGGUUCCAACCCUGGAUGAGUCCCCCAAGAGGGUCACCUUGAAGGUUCAGAUGAAGAGGCUCUCUGCUUCUGAAGCAGAACUCGCUGCAGAGAAGAAGGUGGCCAUUGUCAAGAAGGAGUCGGAGACCUAUGUGCAGACAGAUAAGCCAAUCUAUAAGCCGGGGCAACCUGUCAUGUUUCGGGUUCUUACAUUGGACAGUGACCUGAAACCUGAUAAAACAGCGACCUCUGACAUUUGGGUUGAGACACCGUCAGGCAUUCGCGUAGUGCAGUGGCUGAACCAAUCCAGCCCGGACGGCUUGAUUGAUCUGGAAAUUCCCAUGAGCUCGGACCCACCACUCGGAGAAUGGAAAAUUGUCAACAUCCGGGGUGGUGAACGGAUCGAGAGGAUGUUCAAAGUGGACGAGUAUGUGCUCCCCAAGUUUGAGAUAACGGCUGACCUGCCACCCUACAUCCUGACCGAUGCUGAAGAAUUUGAGGUUCGCAUUUGUGCAAGGUACACUUAUGGGCAGCCGGUGAGGGGCUCGUACAGUGCCGACAUCACCACUGAAGAAGAAUACAGUUGGUGGUACAGUUCUUCUGAGCGGAGACCAGUCCUCAGAUUUGAGUCGGCCGAUACUGGCAGUUCUGGAUGUGGUACUAUCAUUGUCCCUGGAGAGUUAUUAUACCUCAACAGCAGUGAAUAUAACAUCUGGAACAGCAGACUCCAAGUGGAUGUCAAUUUCACCGAAGAUGCAACUGGUGUCACUCUCUCUGAGACAGUUUUGAGCAAACCCGGUAUUGUCACUACAGAGCCAUUGGCCUUGUCUUUCAAGGCACCGUCUACAUUCAAGCCAGGCAUGCCCUUUGAUGUGUGGAUUUCUGUCGAAUAUCCAGACGGCUCUCCUGCCCCAGGAAUCCAGGUCAAGGUAACUGCCAAGGCCGAUUACAGGGUGGAGAUCUACAACCAGACGCUCACCUCCUCAGACGAAGGCAUGGUCCACUUUGUCUUGGAAGAUGUCAAUAUCGAGACAGCUGAAAUCAGUCUUUUUGCUGUUGCUGAGGGCUACAGAAACUGGGACCCCUCCGGAUCCAGCGAUGAUUACCGAUAUGGCUACUAUUACAUCUACGACCCCACCGCCUACCUCUAUGCAGAGGCCAGCUACUCCCCCAGCGGUAGCUUUGUCCAGGUUGCCCCUUUGGAUGAGCAGCUCAUCCCUGGCAACGAAGUGCAAAUAACCACUCACUUCACUGCUGACCCGGAAACAGUUGAAGAUCUCAAGUGGUUCUUUGUGUUUAUGUCACGCAAUGAAAUCCUGACCGUCCCAGUUGCUGCCGUGGAAGAGACUGGGUCACGGAGGAGAAGAUUUUCUGAACCGGUACCAGAUAUCUUACCGUUUGAACCCGAGAAGGUCAACAUCACCCAGCCCGGUAGCCUUUACUCCCGUCAGGACAGAUUCACAGUUACCUCCAAGAUGUCUCCGGCUGCGAAGCUGUUGGUUUACUACAUUCGUCCAGACAAGGAGGUGGUCGCUGACAGCAUCAGUUUGGAUGUCCAGCCAGAAUUUGGCAACAAGGUUUACAUGGCCUUCACCAAUGCCGAGGAGACACCCGGAGGCAAGGCCCAGUUGAAGCUGUCGGCAAGUGAGGGCUCCCUCUGUGCCAUUGGUAUCGUCGAUAAGAGUGUAUACGUCUUGGAGGAUGACGAGGAUAGAAUAACAAAAGAAAAGGUGUUUGAGAAGCUCCGAAGUGACCAAGACCACUACACUAACUACUGGGUUCCCAAUCGGAGCGACCACUGCCCUGAUGAAUAUCCCUGGUGGUGGUACCCUGACUUGGACAGAAAACGACGCAGGAGGACCAGCGUACCCUACUAUGGUGGCACUUCCGUUUAUGAGGACUCCUCAAAGGCAUUUGAGGAUAUGGGCUUUAUCUUCAUGUCGAACCUCAUGGUAGAAACGCGGCCUUGCAACGCUGAUAGAUACCCGGUCAUUGCGUACAACCGUGAAGUGGCAGGGCAAGAGGGGCCUGUGGGAGGAGCUCCCUUGACUGCUGCUGCUCCAGCUGUCCGAAGCUUCUUUCCCGAAACCUGGCUGUGGAAAUUGGAACGGAUUGGGGAUUUGGGUGAGGCUGAGCUGGACCUAGAUGUUCCGCACACCAUCACUGAAUGGGUCGGCAAUGGGUUUUGCACCUCAGCCGAGACCGGUCUGGGUGUGGCAGACACCACCACCCUGCGCGCCUUCCAGCCAUUCUUUGUGUCACUGACCCUGCCAUAUUCCAUCAUCCGCGGGGAGGAGGUGACCAUCAAGGCCACGGUCUUCAACUACUUGUCCGAUCAGUGCAUGGUGAUACGGGUAUCUCUGAUAGCAUCGGAUGAGUUUGAGGUUGUUGACGGCACUGUUGAUCAGAAGGAGUGCGUCUGUGCCCAGACUUCAAAGAGAGUGGAGUUCCAAGUGAGAGGUCUUGCACUGGGAGAAAUUGACGUUGAAGUUCAUGCAGUGUCAGUGGCUGAUGACGAGUUACUGUGUGGCAACGAGGCCAGCCUAAGUGAAGAGACUGGAGUCAGCGACGGCGUACGCAGAAAGCUCCUGGUGGAACCUGAGGGAAUUGAACAUCAGUAUAGCAUCAAUAAGUACUUCUGCCCGAGCGAGUUUCCAUUUUACUCGUACAUCAAGAGGUUCCCACUGCCGACGCCACCCAACACUGUCCCGGGGUCCAUGAGGGGCCGGAUGUCUCUGACAGGUGAUUUGAUGGGUCAGACGGUUAGUAACCUGGACAACCUCCUGCAGAUACCAACGGGAUGUGGCGAGCAGAACAUGCUGGGGUUCGUGCCCAACAUUGUGGCCAUGCAGUACUUCACCCAGAGUGGCACCCUGACGGACGACCUCAGGACCAGGGCCCAGACCAACAUGAAGAAGGGAUACAUGCGGGAACUGAACUAUCGGCUCAAGGAUGGCUCCUAUUCUGCAUUUGGUGAGAGCGAUGAGGAAGGUAGCACCUGGUUGACGGCGUAUGUAGUCAGAUCAUUUGCCCAGGCAGCUGAGUUCAUCAGCAUCGACCAGAGGGACCUGGACGUGACCAUCGACUGGCUGAAGCAGCAGCAGAACAAACAAGGCUGCUUCAACGCCCGCGGCAAACUCUGCCACAAGGCCAUGGCAGGAGGGGUGAACAAUGAGAUCACGUUAACUUCUUACGUGGUUACCAGCUUGCUGGAGGCAGGAGUGGCACCUGAGGAUCCCGUCAUCCUGAAUGCAUUGAGCUGCCUAGAGUCUGAGGCCAACACCCUCUCUGACACCUAUGCAGCAGCUCAGCUGGCCUAUGCCAUGGUGCUGGCUGGUCAUCCAGCUGCAUCUGAUGUCAUGGACUAUCUUGAGUCGGUGGCAGUGACGGAAGGCGAGCACAAACGGUGGGUCAGUAACAGGGAUGACGUGGCUGAGUAUGACACUUACUACCGAGCCUCCCGACAAGCCCAGGAGAUUGAGAUGACGGCCUAUGUGCUGCUGGCCUACACUGAGUACUUGAGCCCUGAGGAGGCCCGCGUCGAAGGUAGCCCUGUUUCCCGCUGGUUAGUCAGCCAGCAGAGCAGCAGUGGCGGAUUUUCCUCCACGCAGGACACUGUAAUCGGCCUGCAAGCCCUUGCAGCCUAUGCCGGUAUCCUGAGUAAGGAGCCGCUCAAGCUGAGGGUGGAGGUGAUGGAGCGGGGCCGCAAGGUGCGGCAGCUUGAGUUGCUGGAGAGGAACAAGCUGGUGGUGCAGGAGAUGGACCUGAACGUGCCCAACACCUACACCGUCCGGGCCAGGGGGAAGGGAUGCGGUCUGUUGCAGUUCACAGUGUAUUACAACAUGCUGCCCCGAACGCCACCAGUUGCACCAUUUGCCCUGACGAAAAGGUCAAGAAAUCUGGACAAUCUUUGCAAGAAAUUUGUUACUAAUGUGUGUGCCAGCUAUACCGGGACAGGUGGGGCCAACAUGGUGCUGGCCCAAGUCAAGUUGGUGACAGGUUUUGUCCCGGACACUGCCUCCAUCGCUGACCUAAAUGCCCAGGCGAUGAUGAGCAAACUGAAGCGUGUGGAAACAGAGGGCAAGACCAUCAACUUCUACAUUGACCAGGGCCUAGAUGCCACACCAGUCUGUUGGGACUUUGUUGCCAACAAAGAGUUUGAUGUGAACAACGCCAAACCUGGCACUCUGAACAUGUAUGACUACUACGAGAAAGACCUGGCCAUCUCAGAGUCCCUUGAGUUCCUGUGUGAACCAACAGAAGAGGAAAUGCCUGAACCAGAUAAACCUGUUCCUGAAGUAGAACCAACUGCCAAGCCAGACAAACCAAUUGUUCCAGAAGUUGAACCCACUGCCAAACCCGACAAACCAGUUGUUCCAGAAGUUGAACCCACUGCCAAACCCGACAAACCAGUUGUUCCAGAAGUUGAACCCACAGCUAAGCCAGACAAACCAGUUGUUCCAGAAGUUGAACCCACAGCUAAGCCAGACAAACCAGUUGUUCCAGAAGUUGAACCCACAGCUAAGCCAGACAAACCAGUUGUUCCAGAAGUUGAACCCACUGCCAAACCUGACAAACCAGUUGUUCCAGAAGUUGAACCUACUGCCAAGCCAGACAAACCAGUUGUUCCAGAAGUUGAACCCACAGCUAAGCCAGACAAACCAGUUGUUCCAGAAGUUAAACCCACUGACAAACCAGUUGUUCCUGAAGUAGAAACCACUGCCAAACCAGUUGUUCCAGAAGCUGAACCCACUGCCAAGCCAGAGAAACCAGUUGUUCCAGAAAUUGAACCCACUGCCAAACCCGACAAACCAGUUGUUCCAGACAUUGAACCCACAGCUAAACCAGACAAACCAGUUGUUCCAGAAGUUGAAUCCACUGCUAAACCAGACAAACCAAUUGUUCCAGAAGUUCAACCCACUGCUAUACCAGACAUACCAAUCGCCCCAGAGGAAAUUGCAAAAUCAGAUGAACCAGUAGUUACAGAAAUUGAGCCAACUGCUACACCAGAGAGGACAGUUGUUCCAGAAGUUGAACCCACAGACAAACCAGUUGUUCCAGAAGUUGAACCAACAGACAAACCAGUUGUUCCUGAAGUUGAACCAACAGACAAACCAGUUAGUCCAGAAGUUGAACCCACAGACAAACCAGUUGUUCCAGAGGUAGAACCAACUGCCAAGCCAGACAAACCAGUUGUUCCUGAAGUUGAACCAACAGACAAACCAGUUGUUCCUGAAGAUGAACCCACAGCCAAACCAGACAAACCAGUUGUGCCAGAAAGUGAGCCCACUUCCAUACCAGUUGCACCUUCAGUUACAACAGUUGCAAUACCAGCAGCUUUGACUUCGAAACCCAUGGCUCUGUCCACGGUUCCAACCACAGUUUCAACAACAGUUCAGACAACAGUUCCAACCACCAUGCCAACGCCACUAAUCACUGCAGAUACGUUCUGCUUCCUAUAUCCCGACAUCUGUGGCAACGGUGUAUGUGUGGAUGAUGAGACUCAGCCGUCCUUCCAUCGCUGCGAUUGUGACCCUGGGUACACUGACGAAAGAGGAAUGUGUGUGGCUAUAACGACGACACCAAUGCCUACAACUCCAACACCACCACCAGCCACGACUGAAGCUGCAGAUUCGUUCUGCUUCCUGUAUCCCGACAUCUGUGGCAACGGUGUAUGCGUGGAUGAUGAGACUCAGCCGUCCUUCCAUCGCUGCGAUUGUGACCCUGGGUACACUGACGAGAGAGGAAUGUGUGUGGCUUUAACAACGACACCAAUGCCUACAACUCCGACAACAACCCCAACCACCACUGAAGCUGCAGUCCAGUAUUGUACGUUGAACCCGGGUGUUUGUGGCAGCGGAGUUUGUGUAGAUGAUAGGAGUCGGCCGUCAUCCUACCGAUGCGACUGUGACCUUGGUUAUGAGGAGCAGAACGGAACAUGUGUAGAUGUGGAUGAGUGUACCUACGCAGAAAGCUGCCCAGGUCCCGGCGAGGUGUGCGUCAACUUCCCCAGCACCUACGAGUGCAACUGCAGGGAUGGAUAUCAGUAUGAUAGUGAAGGCAACUGCAUCUCUUGUCCCGUCUGCAGUGAUAGCCUCCCGAGUGGAUUCGAACAAAAAUUCUGUGCUGCAAAUUACGUCUAUGGGGCCAAGAAGAGAGGCGACGGUAUGCUCCGUAUCCUGAUUGAGCUCAGACAAAGGGAGAACAGGGUAACGGAGACCCGCUACAUUAGCCCCAUCAUCAAUCCACAGUGUGUUUGUGAUGAAUUCACAUACGGAGAUCGCAUCUUGAUAGUAACAACAAUGGAAAAGGUGGAGAUUGAGCGUUUGCGACGCAGGACGAUAGAGACUGUAGAUCUGGGCGGAGCUUACAUCGUUCCUCUGAAGGGGAGCACGAAGGACCAGCUAAACGAUGCCCGCUCCGCUGGCUGCCCGUAAAAAAGCAUGAAUCAGACCCAAACUUGAAGACCUGUCAAGUAAAUAUGCAUGUCUUUUUAGAGUGUAUGAACUUUGUUAAGUGAUGUAGUUACAGAGUCUCUAGAUUAAGCAUUUUUUCCCCCAUUUCUGUCACGCGUGCAUAUUCCUGUCCUUUGUUGUAACAGAACAUGAGAGCUGCAACAUUCUUUUUGGUAAUACACCUUGGAUUUUAAAAAUGCCAUCAAUCCAGUUGCACUUCCAAAGUGUGCAACAUGAAAUGGUAGUAAUCAUGUGAUAGCAUCUUUUGAGUUUUGCGGAAAAGCUGUCAAGGUUGCUGUUAUUAAUGUAACAUGUGCAGCUCUUUGGUGUAAGGACCAUUAGAACACAUCACAGUGUAGCAGUGACCUUUUUCAGUAGACAUAAAAAAACAUAAGGGUUGUUUCCUUGAACUGAGUCUACGCUCUUGUUGAUGCCCUAUGAAACUUGCCAGCGUUGAGUAGCACGAGUAAAAUCAAGCUGAGUUCAGAAGGGAACUUGGGUUCCACAAAGUUUAGCAAAAGAAGCAAAGAAAGAUGGGCCCCUUUGGUGUAGAAAUACACAACUCGUCAGAUUUCAAGUUCACAGAAGAUCGAUGUUAAAACCAGUUUUUUCAAACUGUUUGUAGCCAUUUUUUGCAUUCAACCAUUUUGAUCAAGUUUGAAGGGGACUUCAGUUGUUGGGCACAUUGAAACUGCCAUGACACCGACAUGAAAUAUUUUGGAGUCUCAUUGACAAGCUUGCAAGCAGCCUCUAAGCCUCAAUAUAUGCAAAACCUUGCCAUGUAACAUGAUCUUGAGACCCUUACUUGACCAAAAAUCGUGCUCAGCGUCCAAGAAAUGUAAGCUUGGAACAAUUGCAAGUACAUGUCUUGAGCAUUGACUGAAUUAACAGUGAGACAGGAUGACAUAUUAACGGUGCUAAAUCUUUGAUCAAGGGUGCUAUUUUUAUCACAGAUAUGAAUAUGCAUGCCUGUGCCACAGUUUUCCACUUGUUUUAUGAUAUAGACUUUUUAGUGUAAACCAACUGGUAUAUUUGUAGUAUUUUUAAACAUUACAUUAUUGCAGCUGUUAUGACUUAAUCAACCAACCUGCAGCUUGAAUCAUGUACGUGUAUAACCGGAUAUUUUUAAAGGAAAUUUCUCAGACAAUGUGUCGAGGAAUAACACUGCAGAAACUCUUAAGCUUUUUUUCCUCAGUGGAAGGACUGUACCUCAUUUUAAUGUAACAUGGAGGCGCUUUUACAGUUUGCUAUAAUGUUAAUGCAUGUGAUACUUCCCUUCUUUAAUUAACAUAGCAAUUGUGAACAUGUGCCAAUUUGUGUCUUAGAUCUAGUUCUGAUACGUGUUUGUAACUGUUAUGUGACAAGUGGAAAAAUUUAUUCAUUGAGUUUUUCCAUCAGUGUUUUGGACAUUCAGGUAAAACAGCUAGAAACAAAUAAAGUGACUAAUUCCAACCUUGA